UGCCUGCUUAUUAUUGUCAUCUGUCAUUUGUCAUUGCUUUAAUCUAUUUAGAUUUUGGAAUCGGAUUUUUAUCCGAAUUGGUUUAAAAAUGGUUCAGGGCGGCGGUGAACCCGAUGAUAAUGUUUUUAAAGGUUUUAUAAGUGCCCUGUACAAUACAGUGGAUGCACCUGUAACAUGGUUUAGAGAAAAAGUAGUCGAACCCAAUCAGAAGAAGUACCCAUGGUAUCAUCAAAAGUUCCGCCGUGUGCCGACUAUCGAUCAGUGCUAUAGCGACGAUGUUGUAUGUGACUUCGAAGCCAACACUCAAUUUAAAAGAGAUAGAGCUGUUGACUCCGAAAUUUUAAACAUACUUCGCAUGCGAUUUGAAGAUUGCAUGAUUUACGAAUCACCAGACCAUGCAACAAAAUGCAAACCUCUCUGGGAAAAAUAUAAGGAUGCCGAGGAAGCUUGGUUUAUUAAAUAUGGUGACCUAGGAGCAUAUGGCGAUGCCCGCAAAGCUUACAUGAAGCAAAAACAUCGCAUGAUCUGGGAGAGGCGUCACGGCCCCCUGUCUGACCAAACAAAGUGAAGACAGUGCAGAAUGAAAUAUAAAACUUAAGUAGCUAAAUAAUGUUCAUUGCAGUAAUAAAUUGUUAAAGCAUUA